AUGUCGACCCCAACUCCUAUAGCACGUACUGCCCCAAUUGCCAUUGCUUCUAAGAAACCUCAUCUAGAUACCAUCCUCGAUACUCCAACCGAUUCUUCAAACGGCAGAGAUCUUUCUAGUUUGUCAACGAGCACGAGUAGUGUGGCAUCGAUGGACUUGGGAAAUAACAUGAGAAGUCGAAAAGAUAGACCUUGUGAUGCUUGUAGGAGGAGGAAGAGUAGAUGCGUAAUCAAUGAGGGACAGUCCACAUCUCCAGACAGGAAUUUCGAAAGGUCCAGACCCCACGAGGCUAGCAUAUCUAGCACCGGUGCCACGAAUUCGCUGACGGAAGAUCUGGCAAAUAUUGGGGGCCCAACCUUACUAAAGCGAACACUGGGUUUACAACAUGACCGAUACAGUCAAUACAUUGGUCCAACUACAGAUUUCGAGCCUUCACUCAUUGAUCUUUCACCGUUUGAUCCACAAGACGAGAGUUUAUUGUCGAGAGGAACACUAAGAAAAGUCAGCGAUUAUGAUACAUUUUUGAUGCUUCCGGAUCAUAGAACUCCCGGCCAUGAACAUCAAAUUGAGGAUGCAGAUGCGAUAGAAAAUCUGGUGGCGCCACAUGGUCCCAUACUCUUGGAUUUAUAUUUUCGCAUCAUUCAUCCAAACUUUCCUAUCCUUCAGAAAAAUGUAUUUUGGGAAAAGUACAACAGAUCGUACCGGGAGUUUUCACCACCUCUUUUGGCAGCCGUUUACAUCCUUGCGAUCAACUGGUGGGACCACAGUGAAGAACUUGCACAUCUUCCUAGACCCGACCUUAAGGAGUUGGAACGGUUAGCGAGAGUUACAUUAGCAGAUGCUAUGAACAGACCCAAGCUGUCAACUGUACAAGCGGGACUCUUAUUAUCCCAAGCGCCGGAAGGCGACCAAUGGGCACCCACCGCACAACUCGUAGCAAUUUCCCAAGAACUAGGUCUCCACCUCGACUGCUCGAAUUGGAAAAUCCCAUUAUGGGAACGCGGGACUCCGUAA